UUUUUAAUUUUUUAUAUGCACAGCACACGUGUGUGAGCGUAAAAUUUUAGCAUGUGCCGCGCAUGUACGCAUGUGAAAAUACGAACCCUGUUUCAUUGAGACCCUAUAAUAUUCUUUGAUUACCUCAGGCGAUUUGGGAAUUUGGGGGAAAUCUCUCGUUCUUACGGAGGCAAAUACGGAUGUCCGCAUUUGCGCCACGAUUACCACGAUCCAGAUGUCAGUGGAGCAUAUGGCAGAGGCCCGUUUCAACACGCCAAUCGCCGGCUCUGUACAUUUUCGUUGGUUAGCACCAUCAGAGGGUGCGGGUGGAGAUACACUCAUAUAUUCUGAUCUAUAUCAUAUACAAGCCGAAAGUUCUGAUGACCACUCCAGCAAGCCGAUGACACGUCAUAGCUGGAAAAUUUUUGUAACGGAUAUAUUUAAAAACGAUCAUCAUCGCACCGAAGACAACUGCAAUUUCCUGCAGCUAGUUUUCGAUCCUCAAGGCUACGGUGAGAACAAGGGUAUUGGUGAUCUCGACGCCAGAUUGGGAAAGAUCAACGUCGCAAAGAAUGCAUUGAUCUCUCCGCAGCGCGCUACAUAUAGAGAUGAUAAAUUUGUUUUACUGCCCUCUGAUUUAUCGAUACCCCAUCGGACGCUGUACUUAGUGCUAUUCGAUGAUCAACAUCCAGACAAUUUCCUGGCAUGUACACAAAUUCGUCAUGUGCAGCAGUUGACAUACAAAACCUUUUUGAACUCUGGCGGCAUUAAAGGAGAAAUAACUUUUACUCAACGUUCCCGUUUCGAUCCUACCUUUCUCAAUUUUACAAUCGAGUCAGCUGGUAAACAAGCACGUUUUGUAAACCGAAAAUUCGCUGAGGACGUCUCCGCAUUUCGGGUACAUUCUCUUCCAACCAUCCCGCAUCGUAAAGGUUCGCCCGAUUAUUGUGAGUCUACCGGAAAUAUUUUUAAUCCACGUGCUCUCGGCAAGGAAGUUAUACCACCGCCGGGAUUUGGUACCCAAGAUCAAUACCCCAUUGGCGAUUUAAGUGGAAAAUUACAAAGCCGCAAUAAGGACUACUAUCACAAUUAUCUUCUGCCAGGCGUUAGUUCAGAACUAAGUGGUCUCUACUGGGACACAUUUUUACCGUUACAGGGGCUUAACAGCAUCGCGCAUCGCGGUAUGGUCAUCUUCACGUACAAUCGCACCAAUGUUGACAACAUCACUGAAGCACCUUGGAGUUGUUCGACAAUAACACAAUAUCGAAAGAACGGUAUCUAUCAGAAACCAAUGGUUACGGCACAAGUAUUGCUGCGCUAUCCCGUGGUGGGCAGAGUUAUCUUCCGGCAACCGGCGGAAGAGCCAUGGCAGGACACCUCAGUUAUAUUUGAAUACCUUAUACACGCCGAUGGAUCCACACAAAACAACACCUUUGAGCAUCGCUGGGCCAUACAUACUAAUGCACCUGGCAAAGAUUUUUACGAUUGGCAGAACCGUUGUCUCUCUGCAGGAAACGUAUAUAAUCCACACAAAGUUCAGUGGGGAAAUCGUUCAGUUGACGAUUUAUGUAAGCCGCAUCUACCGGCCAUGUGUCGUGUGGGAGCCUUGGACACACGCGUGGGAACUUUGACAAUAGCAGGAAGAAAGAAAAAUGCGGAGCGCUUAAGCCGACUUAUGUUCACCGAUACAAAUUUACCAUUGUCUGGGCGACAUAGCAUUCUGGGCAAAUCAUUAGUAAUCUAUGACGACUUUGGUCCGAAGGCACGGGGCGAACGGCUUGCAUGUUCAACCAUCAUCGGGCAUUUUCGGCGCAAAGUAGUGGCAAAAGAUUGGUAUGCCAAUGGAGAUGAGUUGACUGUAAGCGGACGUCUUGAGAUCACACAGCAGUCGGAAUAUGACAUCAGCAAUAUCGAGGUCCAGUUAAAGGGCCUAAAAGAAACUAGCGGUUAUCACAUACAUAUGACACCGGUUGAAGCGAAUCUUGAAUUUCCCUGCGAAGAUACUACUCUUUAUGGGCACUGGAACCCCUACAACGUGAAUGCAAAGAACUCGCCCCCUCCACGACAAGGGACGACUGAUCAAUAUGAAAUGGGUGAUUUGAGUGGCAAAUUCGGAACUCUUGAUGACGUCACCCAGUUCGAAGAUACCUACAAUGAUACCAACUUGCCACUUUUCGGUUACAAUAGUGUUAUCGGGCGCUCAGUAGUAAUACACAAGAAGCGCAGAAAUGCUCGUUGGGCUUGUAGUACUUUGGAGCGUGGUUACAGUCCUAGCGAAGCGCGAGAGAUACGUGCCAUUGCAUCGUUUCACCACCCCACUGGUUAUGCUUAUGGUUAUGUCAAAAUGACACAGCUGAUACACAUCGACGGCAGCCAAUCGGAAACGGUUGUCGAGGUAAAAUUACGACAUCCGGGAAAAAACGAUAGAAAUAUGACCUAUAACCAUAACUGGCAAAUAUAUGUGAAUCCUGUUGGGGUAGAUGCAGCUGUAAAACCCACAAUUACACGAUGUGUUGCCGGUGGAUAUGUGUGGAAUCCGUAUUACACUCAACUGGCAGAUCCCCUUAAUCGUGACUUAUACGAGCAGGAAUGUGGUCCCGAUAAUCCAUUACGUUGUUAUGUAGGCGAUGUGGGGGCGCGACUUGGAACCAUAAACCUAGGUGUUGAACGAGUCGUUCUUACAGACUCUAACUUUCCGCUCGAAGGCCCUGUGGGAGCAAUAGGCCGCUCUAUUGUGAUCUUUGGCCCUGAUCAUUCUUCGGAGCGUUUUGCCUGUGCUAACAUUGAGCCAGAUCAUAAUGUUUUCAAAUAUGUUAAUUUGCAGAAACCACCAAGAUUUGUUGUAGCGCAGUUUCUGGAAGAACUGCGUUCCGUGAUGGGUAUACCAGAAUGGAUGUUGGACGUGGAUGCGCGUAAAACCAAGGAGUUGCAUGGCGGCGCUUGCAUACAAAUGAUAAUACAUUUCAAAGGGCCCCUGGCACAUCGUUUAGAACUGGACAUGUCACGACUUAUAGCUGCCGGACGUCUGGAUGCUCCCAGUCUAUUCAUUCCAGGGUACGUGAAUGCCAAGAGAAAGGCCACAAUUUCAUACAGAACUUGUGGUGUAAGAGAUCCGAAUGAGAAACCGUUUUACUUGAGUUUAGCCGUUACGACUUGCAGCGCCACCAUUCUAAGUGGCCCGUACCUAUUUUGGGGGCAUCAAAGCGUAGUUGCUUUACAACCGCGCGCCCUUGUCGAAGCCAGCGAGGACGACCUCACCAAUUUGUUUCAGGACGUCAAAGCGAUUGUGAUUUUUGUGCGAAACGCCACCGGACGCUUAGAUGGCAGUGCUUAUCCAAAGUUCCAACAGCUGGUAAAGAGUAAUGGCUGGGCCUAUUUGCCGCAACAUUUUCUCGCCACUGAACCCUUCAACUACAAUGCCAACAUAGAGGUCAUCAAUCUAACCGGAUCUGCUGAGGAGGAAGAUCAAGUACUCAUAUCUGGAUACGAUGACGCUGUCGCCAUUUACGGUGAAGGCGAGGUACUGGGCAUUUUAGCCAGUCGGGAGGAGGACACACAUUAUAUUGCCAAAAGGGACGCCAAAGAUCGUGACGAACGCACAGAGGAGGAGCGGGGGGCCACAACGACCUCUCAAACGCCAACCGCUGAGGAAGAAGACAAAACUUUUAUUUACGUAGCAGUUGGUCAAAAGGCUGUAUUAUAUGUGACCUCUGCUCCAAUAAUAAACAUCGCCGGCAAGCUCAACAACACUAAGCUUGUGUCGCACAAUAAGGAUGUCACCUUCGAUGAUCAAAGGGGAAAGGGUUACGGGCGUCUCAACAUUAUUUUCUCGGUGGAUACACAGAAGUUAUUCUUGCGCUUCAACUUUACAUUGAGUCGUGGUUAUUGGUACAUGAAGGCCGUUGAAGUGGAGUACAAUGAAUACAAAUCGGUUUUGCCUGUUGUGGGUACGCUUUACAGCAUUCCUUCGGCACCUAUUGGCUUCUCGUACCGCUGCUCCUCGCGUAAUUUACAAUUUGGCAACGAGAGUGACAGUCUUACCAUAAGUGACUUUCAGGUCCAGCCCUGGUUGAAUGGAGUACCGCGCUUUGGCGACGUUUACGAUUGUGUUGGAUUUACCACUGCACCCAUUUGGGCUGGCAUAUUAGUAACGCUUUUCCUAGUUGGCAUUCUGUCGAUUGGAUUAAUUGUAUUGAUGGACAUUAAAACACCAAACCGAUUUGAAAGCUCUCGCAGCAAGCAAUUGUCACUCUUUAUCCAGGAGUAAUUGAAAUGAGCACAUUAGUCCAGAGGAGCGCUUCGUGCGCUGCUUGCAUAAUCGACUACUAACCAACUACAUAUAUGUAAGAAGAAAACUAUAGGAUAUGACGUAAACAGUUGCUAAAAGUUAAGCUUCUACGAAAUGUUUAUAUUAAUUGCCUACAGCGUCGCGAAUCCUCUCGUACUCUUCACACUAGCUUUAGAGUUUUUCCUUAUACAUUUAUUAUUUAUUCUAGUUGCCAUGUACAUUUACAUUAUAUUGUUUUAUUGACAUACAUAUAUAUCAUGUUACAUACAUACACACUUACGUACUUACGUACAGUGUAUGUGCUAAUGUGUCUGUUCCAAUUAAACACUGAAUAUUC